ACUCAAAUUUAUUGUCCACCUGUAGUGGUAGACACACGCACAUACGUACGUAUCUACAAACGUGCGUGGAUAUAGGCUCCUCUACUCACAUCCAGCGAAGGUUGGGACAAUGAAGGGGGGUAACCUCGGAGCGCUUCUUCUCCCAGUGCUACUGCUGCUUAGUGGACAUGUCAAGGCUAACUACGGAAUAAAAACGAACAAGCUGACUUUCCUCUCCCAAUCGGAACAGUGCAAAAAGGAAAUCAACUUCUAUGAAGAAGGGAAUUCAUUCUUUAUACGAAACAAGGACAACACAUAUUUAGAGGUCCAAGAGAAGGUGACAGCCGCAGGGAGUUUGAAUGUGUUUGGGACUGUUCACACGAAUGAGUACCGUGCGUUUGAGCAGAAGCAGUGGACUUUGCACCACCUGGACACGUUCGACCGGAAGGAAAAUGCCUGGAUCCCUUCGGACAUCAGCACAUGCGGAAAUUCCCCCGACACGUUUCUGGGCGGACCCUGCAUAUUCGGCGCCGUGGAGGCCUACACCACCGUUAGAGACAUACCAAAGCACAACGCACUGAAGGUUAAAUUAAGGGUUCACUUUUUUGACGCCUGGGAAGGCGAUUCACUUUUUCUUCAAGCUGAUAGGAAAACCAUCUGGGCGGAAUCACACAAAUCGAACCCUGCAGAAAAGGGCGUUGGUGACGGAAUAAACCUCUGCGGGAAGGAGACCCCCGAUCGGUUAUCAGUUAGUGCAAACUCGGAAACGAUCACCGUCCCUGUGGACGUCGAAUUCGAGCACUCCUCAGACACGGUUAGCAUACUAAUUGGGAGCACUUUAAAAAAAACAAACGAUGCUUGCACCACCUCGUGGGGAAUAGACGACCUGCACGUCUACUACAAGUAG